CAAUAUUUAAACAAGAGAACGGGUAGAAGGGGAAGCCGUGUUUGUGUUUACAUUUGCUAUGACAAGUUUUCAUGAAAACAUUUGAGAUUAUUAAGACAUAUCAGUAGUUCGCAGAGCAUUAAACGCCGACAUGGAAAUAAAAAAAAUGAAGGAGGAAGCAGAGAUACUCAGGAGUCAGAGUAAAGUAGGAGAAGAAUGAAGGACACAUCCAGGGAUUCGCAAACGGGACCUACCUUGAUACCAAAGCCUGUAAUGAGGCCCCAAGGUCUAGUCAUCAAUCAGCUGGUUGAUAUGGAAUGGAAGUUUGGAGUCACAGCAUCUAGCAGCGAACGUAACAAGGCUGGCAACACAUUCCUUCAAAUGAAGCUUGUCAUUAAUAAAGGAAACACAAUAGAAAAUGUUUAUAUGGAACUUACUUUGCCACAGUUCUACUCAUUUCUUCAUGAGAUGGAAAAGGCCCGAAGUACCUUGGAGUAUUUAACAUAGCAUCUGUUGAUUUUAUGCAAAUGUGCGUAUAUUUUUAUUUCAUACAUAUUUAUGUAUUCCUCAAAAUUAGUGCAAAAUUUGAGGAGAGAUCAAAUGGUUGCUGGAAUACUGCUGCAAACCAUUUUGUUAUCUAGUGAGUAGUGAUAUAUCUUUCGUGAAUUAUGAAUCUUGCAGAAUAGGUCCAAAUAAUUAGGGGUAAUGAUUUACACACUGGUAACAGACCAGACACUAUGUAUAUAUAUAUAUACUGUGCCUGUUCAUAACUUCAUGAAUUGUUUAUUGUAUUUCUCUUUAGAACAGCAUUUAGAAUAUCAUUGAAAGUAAUUGUAACCUGUUAUAAACCCUUAGAAUCAAUAAUUAUGAAUAACAUAUGAAUUUUCUAAUUUGAUUUAAUUUAAACAGCGAUAACAAUAACAUCAUUGCACUUGUAACCAUAGUAAGAGUAACAUUGAAGCCUAACAGUCGUACACAUGCAACUGAUUCUUAUUUGGAAACAAUGGUCACAUACACCAUAUUGUAACAUUCGAACCAUCUUACUAUGGAAUGUGUACUUCAACAGGUUUUAUACGGGUAUAAACUUGUGUCAAUCAAAUUAUAAGUAAUAACUGAACAUUGCUGAUACCAUAGAAAUAGAAAUAAAUAAACAAAUAAAUAUUUAUUUAUUAAUUCA